CAGUGGAGAGGUUAAGCUGGCGGGAGUCGCAGGGAAGGGGGCACACAGGUUCUUACAGAGAUGAGGACCCCACGCAGCCCAGAGGGGUGGUAAGAGCGCACGGAUUCGUGCAGGUGUUUAGUUGCGAUAGCGGAAAGCAGCCCCCCACCCCACCAAUCACCAAGUGAAAGCUCGUAAAUUCCAGAUUGCAGUAAUCCGGAAAUAAAGCACUGCGAACUCGUAGAUGAUCAUCUCCCAGGUAAAACGACGCAGACAGUCCGGUCGGUACAGAUCGUUUUUCAGUUAUAAAUACACGUGUGGUCGCAGUCAUUGGUCGAGAUUUGGGUCGGAUGGUGAACAUCAGGGCAUGUGUGUGGCAUGCAGCUCGAGUGCUUUGCAAAAAUGUUCGAUCCUCAAACUUCAACAACAAACCUGAAGUGAUUUUUAUUCAAAAGAACUGAAACUUGGAUUUUUUUAUAACACAACUUUGUUUUAUCUAAAGAAGAACCAAAAAAAGCGGAAAUCACAACAGUUGGCUUUCCUGGGAAAAGUCCAGUGUGCGAAUAUGUUGGCAGGGAAAGUGACUGCCAAAGCAACUGCCAUGGAAUUUCAUGAAAUUGACGUCAUCUGCGUCAAGGAAGAAGAUUAUGAUUGGGCGUCUACCCAGCAUACCCAGGAGGGUGUCAGCAUAAAGAAGGAAGGUUGUGAGUUGGAGAUUACUGACAUUAAAGAAGAGGACUGUGAGCGUGAGUCGCAUGGGCUCUCAGUGCAUAAUAAUAAAACUGUUAAACAAUUCAAAGAAGAUGUGUCUCCUGAGAAUGAACCCAAGUUAAGAGUGUCCACAGCUGUCCAAAAAGAGAAAACUGCUUUGGAGUCUAUUCAGAGGACAUCAUGCUCAAGGAUACAUAUAAAGACAGAGCCACCAGAGUGUGAGGAAGCCAUUUCAGGGGAAAUUUAUUACUGGAGAGUAGAGCAAGAACAGCCAUUUCCAACAGCACAUUCGGAAAAAUAUUUAAAAGACAAUGGAGAUUGCAGCUUGUCAUCAUUUGGUGCAGACUCUGUUCAGGACAAAAGGCAACAAAAUGAUCUUCAUGAAAAUACAAGUAAGCAGAACACUGAGACACAGAGUAUGAAACAGGAAAUCGUCAAGCUGAUAAUUACUGAUGGCAUCAAGAAUCUACAACAGAAGCCUGGUAAAAAGGUAGCUGGUUUGUAUGUCUGCAAAGAGUGUGGGGAAACCUUUAAAUGUAAAUCUCAUUUUAAGGAUCAUCCCAAAGUUCACACUGUGCAAAAGUUCUAUUGCUGUACUCACUGUGGUAAACAAUUCUCUCAGCCAGGCAGUCUGCAGAGACAUACCAGAAUACACACUGGAGAGAAGCCACACUGCUGUCCUGAAUGUGGCAAGCGGUUCACACAAAUUGGUCAUCUUCAGCGACACAUAAGAAUUCACACUGGAGAGAAGCCACAUGGUUGUUCUGAAUGCGGCAAGAGGUUCACACAAAUCAGCAACCUUAAAGCACACAUAAGAGUCCACACGGGAGAGAAGCCACAUUGCUGUUCUGAAUGUGGCAUGAGAUUCUCAGUCACGCGCAGUCUGCAGAGGCACAUGAUAAUUCAUACGGGAGAGAAACCCUAUAGCUGUGCUGAAUGUGGCAAACGAUUCUCACAGAGGAAGAAUCUUCAGAGACAUACACGAAUUCACACAGGAGAAAAGCCACAUUCCUGUGCUGAAUGUGGGAAGCGAUUCUCACACAUAGGCAAUCUUCAUGUUCAUAACAGAAUUCAUACUGGUGUGAAGCCCCACUCCUGUUCUGAAUGUGGAAAACAAUUUUCUUGCAUAAGCAAUUUUCAGAAACACAUUCAAAUUCACACUGGAGAGAAACCCUAUGGCUGUGCUGAAUGUGGCAAACAAUUCUCACAGAGGAAGAAUCUUCAGAGACAUACACGAAUUCACACAGGAGAAAAGCCACAUUCCUGUGCUGAAUGUGGGAAGCGAUUCUCACACAUAGGUAAUCUUCAUGUUCAUAACAGAAUUCACACUGGUGAGAAGCCCCACUCCUGUUCUGAAUGUGGAAAACAAUUCUCUUGCAUAAGCAAUUUUCAGAAACACAUUCGAAUUCACACUGGAGGGAAACCCUACUGCUCUCCUGAAUAUGGCAAGAGGUUCACAGAGAAAAGACAACUUCAGAAACACCAUACGCUUCACACUGGACAGAAGCCCUAUUCCUGUACUGACUGUGAUAAGCAAUACACAGAAAAACGGCAACUUCAGAAACACCAGUUGACUCAGACUGGAGAAAAUACAUAGUUGUUAAAGUUCACUGUGCUGUCAAAGAAAAACAGUAAUAAAACAUGAAUGAUUGAAGUUUCGGUCUCAAGUGAUUAGUCGGUAUUCCUAAUGGAAAGACAAAACAAAUAUCAAGAAAUGCAAUCUGAGAUGAGUCAGUGGUGCUGGGAUCAAUAGGCCUGAUCAAAAUUUUUUUCCAGGCCUAUCUUGGUUGCCUUAGCAAUCAACGUUUCUCUAUAUGAAUUACAGAAGGAAGCACUAUUAGGAACAGUGCAAGUACUACAUCGAGCCAUGGCAGCAAACCCAAGAGAGUAACAACAGUAGCAGCACUAAAAUCACUCCAGGAAAACAAGCACACUUCAGGACUCUUUAAGAGUGAGGUUCAUUACUGUCCUGAAAAGUAAGCAAACUAAACCAUUGUUGAGAAAUUAAUCCUGAGAAAAGUUGUAACACUGAAUUUGUUAAGAGAGACUUUCAAAAACAUAGUCUUCUGCUACUAAAAAAAUGACAAUUGCAAUCCUGUGGUAUUGUGAUCGGUGCUACGUUUUAUUGGAUACACUCAGGCUUAUCAAAACAUUUUCAGUAAGUUCAGUUGUGGCAUCCAGUAAUUUAACAAACGUGUGCCAGGAAGGUAUUGGGCUUUCAAUAAUUUCUAUGACUGUUCUUUUUCUUGGUAGAAUUAUUGUACAAAACAAAUCUUUUUUUUAGAAAUUUAGCGCACAAGUUUUACAAGGUCAUAGCUUUACAUACAGGGUCAAAACUAUCCAUACAGCACACUUAAUAUUUGGUUGAUUGAACCUUAUCAUAUUUAAGCUUAGUGAAACGCUACUGGUAGUCCUCAACAAGCUACUGCCAGAAUUCUUGUUAGAUAUCUGACCAUUCUUCUUGGCAGAAUUGGUAGAGAGCAACCAGAUUUGUUGGUUUCCUUGCAUGGACCUGAAUUUUAAGCACAGUCCACAUAUUUUCAAUAGUGCUGAUAUUUUGGGAAAGUCAUUCCAAAAGCUUAAUUUUAGCGUGGUUUAUCCUUUCUAAAUCUAGUUUUGAUGUAUGAUUAGGGUCAUUGUCCUGUUGGAACUACCGAAUUGUCUCCAGGUUUCAACCUUAUAGCUCAGGGGUCCUCAAUCACAGUCCUGGAGGGCUGCAGUGGCUGGAGGUCUUUGU